CGGGUGGACUAGCCAUUAACUGGGUCAUGAAAAAGUGGACUAAACAGUAAUUCCUACUUUGGAAUUUAAUCGUCAUCUCGGUCAUUUGGUGGAAUGUCACAUGUCUCGUGAAAGGUUGGAACAUGCUAAUACUAAUAUCCAGUAGUUGAAGAAGGAACUUGCUGAGGAGAAAGAGUGUGUGGGAAAGAUCGAGAAGAAGAACCGCGGUCUGAGUGGUAAGAUUUACUGUUUUAUCAACUUUAUUCUUUUAAUUUACUUCCCAUUUUGGUAGUAUAUCCUUAUUUUAUCCUUCAUUAAGUUCGGAGCGUGAAACGACAGAUGGAAGCUAGCGAAGCUAGUUACAAGGUUGAGGAUAUACAAGAUGAAAAUCUGAAUCUAACGAGCCAGAUAGAUAGCUUAGGAACCGAGAAUGAGAUAUUGAAAGAAAAAGUAGAAUCUCUUUGUUCGCAAGUGGAUCAACUGACUAUUUAUUGUAACAAUAUUAAUGAGCUGAAUGUUCGUCUCCAUAACGAGGGGGUUAACUAGGAACAAGAAUACAUGCUUGCUGAACAUCAUGUAGGCAUUCUUCGUGAUGAAAAUGAAGAUUUGAAUAUUGAACUUAAAUGCAGUAACGAGAAUCUUGAGACUCUAAGAAAUCUUUAUUCCAAGUCUUAAGGUUCUAUUGAACAAUUAAAGAAGGAUAAUGCUAGGAUAAUUAAGAGAAAGGAUAAAACCGAAGAUAAUCUGCGAAAGGAUCAAAAUGAAAUCUAUGAUUUAAAAGUUAGAAACUAUCGGUUGGAAGACGAAUUUAAAUUUCCUUUUUCUCGUUUGGAUAAAGUUGCAUCUCGUCAAGGCAAAGAGCUUGGAGUUUCUCGUUCAGAUAAAAAAUCAGCGAAGCCUCGCCAAGAGAAGAAACAUGUGGUAUCUCAUCAAGAUAAGAAUCAGGUUAACCCAUGUUCUGAAGGAUGUUCUCGUCUUGAAGAUGCAAAUCUUGAAAUUGCGAGACUAGAUAGCUUAAUUAAAUGAUGAUAUCGGACAGACCAUUAAAUCCACUAUCCUUCAGAAGGAAGAAACUGAGAAUUCUUUGAGAAAUCAAAUUCUCCACCUUUCCCAUCAGAAGAAUGAAUAUGCUUAAAGGAGGAGGAGUUAAAAGAUACCAACGAGGACUUAGAGAACAUGGAGAUAGAUGCUAAGAACAUCGCUAAGAAAUCUCAACGAAAUGCUAACAUCUCCAAACAGAAUUUCGCUGAUGAAUUAUGUGACAUGCAUGGCUUGCCCCGUGAAAUUCUCGAGUUUGAUGAUAUAUCUGAGGAUGAACAACCUGAGAAGGGAAUUGCUGAAUCUGAAGCUGAAACUGGUAAUGGCGAUGAUGGUGACGAGGAUGAAGAAUCUGAUGAUGAUAUUUUUAUAGAUGAGCCUAUCAAGCCUUCGGAUAAAUCUUUUUCUCUUGCGGAUCCUCCUGCAAAAAAAGAUGAUGCUUAUGUUUUUCGUGAUGAAGUUGCUUCCGAGGAACAAGGACCUAAAGAUGCUGAGGAUGACCUUCAUUUGAACCAGUUGCUUAACCAGAACUAACUUUCUUUUAAUCAUGCUACUCUUUGUUUCCUUUUCCUAACAUUUACUAGGCGCUCCCAAGCUUGGGGCCUUACUUUAUCUUGGCUUUUAAUCUUCAUUUUAUUUUGCUUUCAUCA